UGCCAGAAUGAUACAGCGGUGUUAAUAUCUGCUUUAAUCAGAUCAGAGCAUGGUCAGCAUGGUCGACAACCACGACGUCUUUCACCAGCAGCGUGUAUGAUGUGCAUUCCAGAACUCCGUAGUGAACUGUGCCUGCAGUCUCGUGAGCUAAACGCAUCUUCAAUGAGUUUGACAGAUUUCGCAAUUCGCACUUACUCCUUCAGUAGUAAUUUAAAUGCUUAGCUAUUAAACUAUUGGGGCGUCCUGGCUAUACGACUGUAACCACCGGGCAAACUCUAGAAAUGAAAAGAAACGGAACGUAUCGAUAUUUGUCUGUAUUUUCUUGCCUUGCCGUUUGUGUUUUCUUGAUAGUCUUUUGGUUUUUUGUGUUUUAUUCUAUGUUGGCACCAUAAGAAACUUUGGAGCAAGCUUAGCAUGCGAGCCAGUAAACUACAUACGGCCAAUAUUUCAGUACACAAUCCCAUCUGAGCUGGUGUACAGGCACUAGUGUAACGUCUUCAGUUCGAUUUUAAUAUGUGAUCCGAUGUCAUCUGACCAGCAAGACAAAUGCUGCGCAAGCAACUAACGUUAGCCUUGAGAACGAAUGAAUGAACUAGCAAGUGCGCAAACUUGUUGUCAUAACCCAACAGUUACUGUUACUUGGUUCACUCUAUGCAUCGUCCGUGCCCACCAAGGAACUGACACGACAUUUUCAAAAGACUAACGGAUCACGUGUUUUGAACAAGGAAGUCAACGUUUUGCAUCUUACUGAGCAGUGAGAUAGACCUUGGCUUCAGAAUGGCUGAUGGCUCCACUGUUAAGGGCCCAGGUACUCAAAAGCUGCAGUUUGCCCCGUUCUGCAGCGCUUUAGAGGCUGGAUUCUGGCAUCAGUUGACACAAAAAAAGCUUAAUGACUAUCGCCUUGAUGAAAGUCCUAAAAGCAUCAAAGGAUACUACUACAAUGGUGAUCCAGUUGGCCUCCCUACACGCCUGACUCUGGAGUUCAGUGCAUUUGAAGUUGAUGGUCCCGACCCAGCACGGUGCUGUCCUGCCACAGGCAUACUCUACAACACCAACACACUAGAGGCAUUCAGGUCCAUUGACAAGAAAGCUCUCUUGGAUAAGGAGGCAUCUGAGAUAUGGGAAGCAAUCCAGUCCAAUGCUGCUCUAGAAAAUCCCUCAAUCCUCAACAAAUUUAUUUUGUUGACAUUUGCUGAUUUGAAGAAGUAUCACUUCUAUUAUUGGUUCUGCUUCCCAGUGCUUUGUUUUUCUGAAGGCAUUUCAAUGAUCCAAGAGCCUGUCUCUCUAAAUGACAAGUUCUCUCCCAAGCAGAUAUCUGCCCUCCAAGGAGCCUAUGACAGUCUCUGCACUACGAACAACACCACAGCUGUUCCUUACUUCCUCAUCAAGUACACUGAGGAGGAUGUGAGAGUGGCUCCAUUACAUGAGUGGGAGGCUUUCUUUACAGACCUUAAGAUGGUGACUGUUGGAGUCUAUGACCCCUGCACACUCACCCAGCACCCUGGCUGGCCGCUCCGAAAUCUACUCAUUCUCAUCGCAAACAAAUGGGGUGCCCAGUUGGAUGUGGUGGAGAUAUUGUGCUUCCGGGAUAGGACGCUUCAAGGCACUCGCUCCGUGCAACACAGCAUCGUCUUUCAGGUCAAGCUUCCAGAUCUUUCUGCCAGCACAGACUGUCCUAAAAGUGUUGGCUGGGAGAAGAACCAGAAAGGUGCCAUGGGGCCGAGAAGCGUCAAUCUGAGUGAAUGUAUGGAUCCUAAAAGACUGGCCGAGUCCUCUGUAGAUCUGAAUCUCAAGCUGAUGCGCUGGAGACUGGUUCCGACCCUGGAUCUUGAUAAGGUUAUCUCCACCAAGUGUCUUCUGCUGGGAGCGGGCACACUCGGGUGCAACGUGGCCCGAACGCUCAUGGGUUGGGGAGUGAGACACAUCACUUUUGUGGACAAUGCCAAGAUCUCCUACUCCAACCCAGUGCGCCAGCCCCUCUAUGAGUUUGACGACUGCCUCUCCGGAGGCAAAUCAAAGGCACUUGCUGCAGUGGAGAGACUGAGAAAGAUCUUCCCUGGUGUGAAUGGCGAGGGCUUCAACAUGAGCAUCCCCAUGCCUGGCCACCCGGUGAACUUCUCGGAGGUGACGCUGGGGCAGGCGCAGCGUGACGUGGAGCAGCUGGAGGCGCUCAUCUCCGCCCACGACGUCGUCUUCCUCCUCAUGGACACCCGCGAGAGCCGCUGGCUACCCACUGUCCUCGCCGCUAGCCAGCGCAAGCUGGUGGUGAACGCUGCCCUGGGAUUCGACACCUUCGUGGUGAUGCGGCACGGUCUGAAGCGGCCUCGCGGCGAGUCCUCCGAGUCCAGCGCCUCGUCCGCCUCCAGCACCUCGGCCUCAUCGGCCACGUCCACGCCCGCCGCCGCGCCCUCUCUCCCAGGAGCCUCUCUGUUCUCCAACAUCCCCGGCCACCGGCUGGGCUGCUACUUCUGCAACGAUGUGGUCGCACCAGGAGACUCCACCAGGGACCGGACGUUAGACCAGCAGUGCACCGUGAGCAGGCCGGGCCUGGCCAUGAUCGCUGGAGCUCUGGCUGUGGAGAUGAUGGUGUCCAUCCUCCAGCAUGCAGAGGGGGGCUACGCAGUGGCCAGCAGCAGUGAUGACCGCAUGAACGAGCCUCCCACGUCCUUGGGUUUGGUCCCACAUCAGAUCCGUGGAUUUCUGUCCCGAUUUGACAACGUCCUUCCUGCAAGUCUGGCCUUUGACAAGUGCACCGCCUGUUCACCAAUAGUUCUUGAUCACUAUGAGCGGGAGGGCUUCCAGUUCCUGUCCAAGGUCUUCAAUUCCUCCCACUCCUUCCUGGAGGACCUGACCGGGCUGACGCUGCUGCACCAGGAAACACAGGCCGCUGAGAUUUGGGACAUGAGCGAUGAUGAGAGCAUAUGAAGUGAAUGCAGUGGACAACUCACAAGACUCCAUUUGAUUGACACCAGAAUAGCUCUUCAAAAGGAGAAACAAACAUCAGGUGGACUCCACACUUUCACAAUUGAUAUGUCUACCACUUCAUUUGAGAUCAGCAACCAAAGUCAACAAGCGGUUUCUUUACUGUUGAGCCAUACGUUUGGUCUAUAUUUAUAGAUUUAUGGGGCACAGCAAAGUUUUUUUGUCUUAUUUUCUAACCUCAUGGUGGUGUAUGUCAAUUCCUUGUACUUGGUGUUACUUUGACAGUAACAUUAAAAUGUGUGAAACCAUA